AUUGUGCUCCAUAUAUCUGCCAAAGUUGCUGAGUUUUUGUUUUCUCAGUUGGCAAAGCUUCCUUUCUUUUUCUUGUCAGUAUUCCUUCCAGUCCACCACCCGUUCCGGCUCCGGUAGUUUCUUUCCUCCGUGCUGUACGCCUGCAAACAUGGGUAAGCCUCGUGGUAUUCGUACUGCGCGUAAGCACGUCAACCACAGGCGUGAGCAGAGGUGGGCCGACAACGACUUCAAGAAGGCCAACCUUGGAACCAGAUGGAAGGCCAACCCCUUCGGAGGUGCUUCCCACGCCAAGGGAAUCGUCCUGGAAAAAGUUGGUGUUGAAGCCAAGCAGCCUAACUCAGCCAUCAGAAAGUGCGUCAGGGUUCAACUUAUUAAGAACGGCAAGAAAAUCACCGCAUUCGUCCCCAAUGACGGUUGUUUGAACUACAUUGAAGAAAACGAUGAAGUUUUGGUGGCAGGGUUCGGUAGAAAAGGUCACGCCGUCGGUGAUAUUCCCGGUGUCCGUUUCAAGGUCGUAAAGGUUGCCAAUGUUUCUCUCUUGGCCUUGUACAAGGAGAAGAAGGAACGUCCUCGUUCAUAGGUUAUCAUACUAAAUAAAAAAAAAGUAAAAUCAAA